AGCCAGUUAUUGUGUCCCAGGUGGGGGAAGCCGAGUGCCUUCUGUGGGAAGAAUGCAUUUCCUGGUGCUCCCAAAAACGUGAGGGGUCAGACCUGGCCUCGGGGACAGCCACCUGACAGCAGCCUGUUGCUGGAAGUGGUUGCAGGUGUACUUUUCCUGAGCACUUAGCUUGCUCUUAGGGCUCACUAAAUCUUUCUGAGGAGCUCAACUGUUAUUCUAAUUUUACAAAUGGGGCAACCAAGGCUCAAAAGUCACAAAAAUACCUAGUCCCGGCACUCCAAGUGGGCCCAGGCUGCGUGACGGCACCUGUGUUCCUGAGCCUGAAGCCAGGCCCAGCGUUAGGUGCUCUGUAUGGGCGAGCCUGGGAUCACCAUCUUCCCAGGACUCAUAGUCGACCUCGGAGGCAGGUCAUGACAGUCCAGGGCAGAGAAUGUUGUCAUAGGAACUCAAGACAAGAUGCCCCGGGGGCAGGAAAACAGUGCGCUGCGUGCUCCAGGCAGAAGGACAGCUCGGGCAGCACAGAUGGCCGCCCCUCGGAGCCCCUGAGGGGCAGAGCUGGGGACGUCGCCGGGAAGAGCCAUUGUACUUCGCAUUGUACUGGCCCCGAAGUACAAUGCGACCUCGGCCCGGCGUCCCCCUCCGCGCCUCAGUUUUCCACCAGUGUGCUGGGGACAACCAUCCCUCUCUACCAGGGUGGGUAAUAAAAAGAGCGGGUAACAUGCAGCAGAUUCUCCCUAAGCCCGCGCACAUAUGCGCGGGCGCGGCAGGUUCCGCCUGCAGACGCCGACGGCGCUACUGCCCCCGACUCGCCAGCAAGAGCUCCGCCGCCUGCACCUCCUGGAAUGGCGCGCGUGCGCCCACCCGUGCCGUCACAGUCACGUGCUGAGGCGUUCAGCGUGGGCCGGGAGGCAGGCUUUGACUGACAGGCUGGGUAACUUGUCAUCGGGAAGCAAUCUCCGGGCUUCGGGAGCAGAGGUUGUUGAUUGGAGCUUCCCCAGCCGGGGGCGGGCUCUUCGCCGUCCUGGUUACUAUGACGCCCGGCCCCCGCCCCCUCGGCUGGCCGCCAUCUUGUUGUUGAUCCGUACCCAGUGGGCAGAGCCGGGAGCUGGACCGAGCGGCCGGUGCGGGGCCGCUGCUGCGGGGCUCAGCCACUGCGCCGCCUGCCAGGGGGCGGGCCGAAGCCUGGAGGCCCGGGAGCCCAGCUCCCGGGGGGAGCCGCGGGCGCUCGCUGCCCAGGCCGGGCCGCAGCGCUGCAGGGAGCACCCUGGGACCUCCUGCUGCCUCCAGCCGCCAGCUGGUGGAGGGCGCGCAGCCUCGGCUUCGUGUUGUCAUCAGCAGAACAGGAGAGCAGACACUUCCUGGCUGGCCAGUGCUUGUAAGAGGAAUAAGCUGAACAGACACCCGCUGUUGGCUUUUGACUUGCCAAGGCCUGUACCCACGCUCCUCUCGCAGCCCAUGUGCUGCAUCCUCUGCCCUCAGCGUGCAGCUGGCCCCCAACGCAAUGUGUGUUUGUCAAACCAUGGAAGUGGGGCAGCAUGGCAAGAACGCCAGCCGGGCCACAGACCGGGGAGUCCUCCUGGAGCCCUUCAUCCACCAGGUGGGUGGGCACAGCAGCAUGAUGCGCUACGACGACCACACCGUGUGCAAGCCCCUCAUCGCCCGGGAGCAGCGCUUCUACGAGUCCCUCCCUCCUGAGAUGAAGGAGUUCACCCCCGAAUACAAAGGUGUGGUGUCUGUCUGUUUUGAAGGAGACAGUGACGGUUACAUCAACUUGGUGGCCUACCCCUACGUGGAGAGUGAGGCCGUGGAGCAGGACGCCACCCCAGAGCGGGAGCAGCCUCGGCGCAAACACUCGCGCCGGAGCCUGCACCGGUCAGGCAGCGGCAGUGAGCACAAGGAGGAGAAGGCCACCCUGGCCCUCGAGGCCCCCGGGAGCUCCCAGGAGGCAAAGGGCCCGAAGGCGGAGCUGCACGGCCACUCAGACGUUCCUUUCCAGAUGCUGGAUGGCAACAGCGGCCUGAGUUCUGAGAGGAUCAGCCACAACCCCUGGAGUCUGCGCUGUCACAAGCAGCAGCUGAGCCGCAUGCGCUCCGAGUCCAAGGACCGGAAGCUCUACAAGUUCCUCCUGCUUGAGAACGUGGUGCACCACUUCAGGUACCCCUGCGUGCUGGACCUGAAGAUGGGCACGCGGCAGCACGGGGAUGACGCUUCAGCCGAGAAGGCGGCCCGGCAGAUGAGGAAGUGUGAGCAGAGUACAUCGGCCACACUGGGCGUCAGGGUCUGUGGCAUGCAGGUGUACCAGCUGGACACAGGGCAUUACCUCUGCAGAAACAAGUACUAUGGCCGUGGGCUCUCCAUCGAAGGCUUCAGCAGCGCCCUCUACCAGUACCUGCACAACGGCCUGGACCUGCGGCGUGACCUUUUUGAGCCCAUUCUGAGCAAACUGCGGGGCCUGAAAGCUGUGCUGGAGCGGCAGGCCUCCUACCGCUUCUACUCUAGCUCCCUGCUUGUCAUCUAUGACGGCAAGGAGUGCCGCGCCGAGUCCUGCCUGGACCGCCGCUCUGAGGUGCGUCUCAAGCACCUGGACACGGGGCUCCCUGAGGGAGCAUCGCCCAGCACCAGCCCCAGCGGCGCCUACCCCGAGGUGGGCCCCUCCUCCCCACCCAAGGUGGACGUCCGCAUGAUUGACUUUGCACACAGCACGUUUAAGGGCUUCCGGGAUGACCCCACCGUGCAUGACGGGCCGGACCGAGGCUAUGUGUUUGGCCUGGAGAGCCUGAUGAGCAUCAUGGAGCAGAUGCGGGACGAGAACCAGUAGGUCCAGCUCUGGGCCCCCAGGACCCUUCCCUCCCCACCCGCAGGCAGGGACCACUGCUCUGACUGAACUCGCUGUGAGGACCCACAGGCUUGCUUUUAAAGGGUUAUAUUUCUCUUUGGUGUAAACUAAAAGAAAUGUUUUUAGCUGUAGCCUGGAAUCCAUAUACAUAAAGUGAAGGAGGCCAGAACGCAUCCCCUCUAAGCCAGGCUUCUUAGCUCUGCAGCUUUGCUGUGUCCAGUCUGACCUACGAAGGAGGAGGUGCCCUGGGGGGCUUGGAGGCAGGGCCAGGGUGCCUUGGACAUUGGUUUCCCUUGCUGAGGUCUUUGGGAUCUGUGGCUGCAGGGCCCUUUGGUUGCCAUUCCCAUUUAGCUCUUGUUCAUCAGAAUUAGAGGGGCUGAGUGCCCAUCUCUUGAGGGACGUCUUGUGUUGUGGUUGUCAGCCAGCUCUUCAACAGAUGUCCCUGGAGGGCCAGCUUACACACAGCUGGACCCAGCCUUCACAGCUCUGACCUUGGAGUGAGGCUAGAUUCAUGAAGCUGGGCCGAAGCCAGCGAACGGCAGAGGGCAGGGCCUGGGAUCCCCAGGCACUCCUUGGCACAUGAACCUGCUCUCUUCUCCCUGCACAUCCCAGUCACCCUUGCUCCCCGAGGUCCUCUUGCCCCACUGAAGGGGGCUCCUGCUUUCUGCCUAGGAGUCUGUCCCAGCAGCCCCAGGCCCGGUGGCUCUCGUGCAGACAGAGUGGAGUUCUUGUGCUGGGGGUGGGGUCCCCUGGGUACGGGCCGUGCGGCCUCUGGGUGGGCUGCCCUGUCCAGUGCUCGGGCUGUGGUCCGCAGGCCUCCCCUUUCCCCAGGCCAAGCUCAAGGCAACAGCCCAUCGUGAGGAGCCCCAGGCUUGCGAGGGAGAACUUCCAGUCCGUGUGCUCGUAGGGACACUGCGUGGGCCCUGGUACAGGCACCUGGAUUUUGCUGUGAGAGUUUGGGGCCCCCGUCUCUUCAUCUCUCUGCCAGCCACUCUCCUGGUCCCUUUCCCUGGGGUAUGGCCUUGCUCAUUAGUGAUACUGACUUCCUUCAUGCUUUCCUCAGCAAAAUGCCCAGCCGUUUCUGAGGUGAGCUUUGGCUGUGACCUUCCUCAGCAGGUGCUGUUUUUAUAAAAACGUGGAAGCAAAAGCAGUGGUAGGAAGUGUUGCCCUGCUCCCCAGCUCCCUCUCUGUGGGCCUGGAGUGUGGCGACACGGGCAGUGGUACAGUGAAGGCCAAGGACCAGCCCCUUCCUUUCCCGUGGUUUUAGUAAUUUUUGCUGCCAGCCCUUUAUGGCACAGAGACCUGCCGCUUCAGCACGUGACCAGGUGGCCCUGCAACUCACCUAGCCGUUGCUGGCGAUGACCCUCUCACCUGAGCCGGUGCCACAGUCAUGAUCCCUUUGGCAUGUCUCUGGGCAUUAAAAGUGAGCCUGCCAGCCUGUGUCUGUGAGAGGCCUCACUAACUGACGGACUGAUUUCCUGGUCCUUAGAGAUGCAGCCUCACACGUCUUCAGUGGGCUCCUUGUUAGAGCCCCAUGUCUGCUCUCUGACUCUGGGGCCUGUUCUUGGGGCUGGGAGGGGCAGCUUGCAGGUUUCUGGUCAGGAAUGACCAUCUCCUCUCCUCUUAUCUGUGGCUUCAGCCAUAGGAGCAGGCAGGAGCUCUUUGUUAGCCACUGCCUGGCAGGGCAGAAGCUAAGACAGUCUGGGGCCACUUGGAACCGAACCCCCUUGACGGAACCCUUUCAGCCUGGGGAGGUGCUGUGCCACCUGAGUUCCUCGUUCUGGGAGCACAUGCUGUUCUGUGCUGCUCCUCACAGCCAGAGAGGUUGUAGUUACAUUCAGUGUUUUCUUGGCAGAAGGGCCUGGGAUUUGCUGCUUCUCCCCCAGGGCAGAGCCCCUCUUUUCAGCACUUCUGAUACUCGGAGACCCAGAUGUUGCCUGGCUGGUGGUGGGCAUGUGUGUACUGUACUCUGCCACUACUUUCUCCCUGCUCCAUGCCGGAGCCUUGUCCCUGCCAGGCCCUGCCGUCUAUCCCCAACUUGGGACCAAAGUGCAAGGUGGGAUUACAGGAUGCCCACGUGACCCCUGUGUGCUUCCCUGGGCCAAGAGGACACUAGUCCUCUGGGCUUAAAGAGGAAGGGGACCAGUGUCCACAGCUUGCCAGGGACCCCACCCCCCCUCACUUGGGGGCCUGUGCGUUGGGUGUGGGGACUCUUCCUGUGGGGCCAAAGCCCUGGGCUAGGUCAGUAGCCCCUGCCCGCUUGCUCUCAGCUGGCCACGUGCCCACCCCUAGAUGCAGACUGCUUUGAACUACAGCUGUUCGACUUGGUUUUGUUCGCGCCGACGUAAAAAAAGUGUUAACAAGGAAAGCAAUGGGAGCACCCUGGGGAGGACUAGGCUCCUGAGCUUCCGCGCCUCCAGGAUCAGCCCUGCGCUCCACCUGGAAGCCCCCGCCGCCUGCGCCUUCUCUCGGGACCUUGCCUGCGGGGGUGCUGGGCCGCGGCCGCGCCUCUGUGUACACCCAGCGUCGCGCCGCCUGUGUCUGAGGUCUUGUAUGUCAAAAUAAAGCCGCUACAAACUG